GCAGGUUUUCCGGCGGAAGUGGUGUGGUACAUGUCAACACAGGCUCCGCUGGGAAGCCGAUAAUAGGUGUGAAAGUGACCGGAGAUAAGUGGCAGCUGUAUGCAGGCGAUACCUAUGUGUGACGGCUGAGGAAAGACACACGGUGCACUGAAAGCCAGGAGACUCCUCUACACCAGCCUCUGCGCUGCUGACACACACUCUCCUCAAUGGCUGGGAUCAAAGCUCUGAUCAGCCUCUCAUUUGGAGGAGCAAUCGGUCUGAUGUUUCUGAUGCUUGGCUGUGCAUUGCCACGUUAUAAUGAAUAUUGGCCAUUGUUUGUUCUGUUUUUCUACAUACUGGCCCCUAUUCCAUACUGCAUUGCAAGGAGAGCAGUAGAUGAUACUGAUGCUGCCAGCAAUGCCUGCAAGGAACUGGCCAUAUUUCUUACUACAGGAAUAGUUGUCUCUGCAUUUGGACUGCCAAUUGUAUUUGCUCGUGCAGCAGUGAUUUACUGGGGAGCGUGUGCACUGGUCCUCACAGGAAAUGCAGUCAUCUUUUCCACCAUUUUAGGCUUUUUCUUAGUGUUUGGAAACAACGAUGACUUUAGCUGGCAGCAGUGGUGAGACAUAGUACCAGAAUGACUCCCAUGACCACCCAUUCAGCCAGUAGAAGGACAGUGUGCAGUAACUGCAGCUCCACCCUGGCACUAGCAUGCGGAGUCCUGACACAUUGUUUAAUCAUGCUUUUUGCCAUGGACAUGCAGUAUGGCUUACCAGAAAAGCGCUUUAUUGAAGACAAAUCUUUCUUCCAUGAUGCUUACUUAUUUGUCCGACUCCCUCUUCAGACCUUUUUUUAUUUCUCGUGUAGCUAGUCUGUUUCAUACUAGGGUACAUAGCUGUAGUUUUUAAUGCUGUUUUUUCCUUUUUGAUGCUAGAAACCUUUGACCAUUCCAUGCAUGAAGUCAAGACCUCACUUUACAAAAUGAGUCUCAAUGAAAAUCUGCCAUGUAUAAUGCACUUUUUUUUCAAGUGUUAAUACU